CAAACUUCGCUUUCACUCCUGCAGCCAUGCCAGUGUUGUUUGUGAGAACGAAAGCGUAUGUUUUCUCCACGAACCGCUUCAAGUCACCGUGUUGGCGGUAAAGCUGUGUGUCUGCUGUGCGAGAGUGAAGCAGGAAAUCAGCUGGGGAAGGGAGGAUGGAUGGAGUCAGCUGGAGCACCACCAGGGCCCAGGAGUCGUUCAGCCGCUCCAGGACGGCAGCAGACACUCUGUCCAGACUCGCCAGCUUCAUAGCGCGUGCUGACACCAAACAGCACACGAGAAGCCAGAGGCAGCAACCGUCCCACCUGCACACAUAUGUUUGUCAAGAAUGUGGUAAGGUCUUCCCGUAUGUGACGGAACUGUUACACCACCAGGAACUGAAACACACGUUACCCAAACCCCACAGGUGUCCUUCCUGUGGGCAGGAGUUCUCCCUGAGGUCGUCAUUGCAGCUGCACAAGUGCGAUCACGGUUCCUCCGCUUGUGAGCUGUGUCACGGAGGGCCACAGCUUGGUUCUCCGUGCCCUGCGUGUACAAGUCACACUUUGGAUCCCGACAGGCCUCAGGACAAAUCAACUCAUCUCCUGGACAGAAGCCCGUACACAUGUGCUCCAUGUGGGAGAGGCUUCAGCCAGAAGCAGGCUCUGCUGCACCACCAGCAAGCUGGCUGUAGUGAACCACCAUCCUCGUCAGAUACAGCCGAUGCCGGCAGCCCUCCGGAUGAUUCUCCGCCAGUUUCUGAAGGAGACUCGGCCCGCUCUGAUUCCUCAGACACACCAGGGCCCAGCUGCAGAGCUUGUAAUGUGUGUCAGUUCUGUUUGAGAAGCUUCCGCACAGAAGCUGGACUGCAGCGCCAUAAGCAGACUCACCAUGUAGAGGAGCAGCGGAGAGCUCCACAGGAACUUAAGACCAAAGAUGAAGGUAGUGGUGGAGAAGUAAGGAAAGGAGGGAAUAGUAAAGUAAAUGAAGAGCCAAAUGAAAGGCCAAAAUCCAAAAGGAAAAUUCUGAGCUGUCGCUCUUGUGACAUGGUUUUCAGAAGUACGUCAAAGCUGUACAUACACAGAAAAGAGAAACACAGCAGAGAGAAACAUAUUAGGAGAGAGCCACGUCCAGUCGUCACCAAACGCAGGAGAACAGACACGUACCCAUGCCAAGUGUGUGGCAAGUUAUUCUUCCAUCAUUUGUCACUUAGGGCACAUUACAGACAGCACACAGCCUCAAGUUUCACCACAAUCAAAAACAAAAACCAGUGUGCUGAAAGUACCACCAAAGACUCCAGCUUAUUAGAAAAUAGACCAAAUAAAGCAAAUAGCCGCCUGGAGGAUAAGAAGAAUAUUAGAGCAGGUCCAGGGAGGCCUAGGAAAGUGCCCAGAGUAGAGAACAAGGUCAGCGAUCCAGGGAAAUGCAGAGAAGUGCCUAAAGUGGAAGAAGAGGAGGUGGAGAAAGAGUUCCCGUGCCCCUCCUGCGCCGAAGUGUUCACCGUGCAGUCACAGCUGAGGGAGCACGUGGAGCUCCACCAGUCGUCCGUGAAGAGGAGGCAGUGCAGCGUGUGCACCAGCAACAUGACCACCAUGAAAUGGCCCGGCUCUAAGAGGCAGAGGCUGUACCACUGCGUGCCCUGCCAGCAAGGCUUCUCAGCUCUGGACUCUUUCCUAGAACACUGUCAGGAGCACCUGCGAGUCCGAGUGGAGGAGGACAGCAUCACAGAGGGCUACGCGGCUCAGGCCAGCAAAACCUGAGAUCACAGUUUGAAUGUCGUCAGCGAUUUGCCUUUUUUUUUUGUUUGUUUGUUUUGUUUUGUGUUUUCCUCCAAGAGUUUGAGGGCAGGAAUUUGUUGUUCAUCGCUUGAGCGUUCACAGACCAUACAUUUAUACUCACACUGUUGGUUUCAUGUCAUUCAGACCAACAAAUCAGAUGUUAACAAGUUAAUAGCAAGUUUCAGAACAAUACUGGGGUUUUUGCAUGUUUUAGAAUUUACUACAAGUCACAUACAUACUGUUUUUCAAAGUAUACCACAGCUCCUUUUAGAUAAUGUCUCAGUGGACAUUUACUAAC